AUGUGGAAAAACCAGCAGAAACAUCAGCAUCAAUGCCCACGUACUGCUACUACUACAUCAGGAGCUGUAGAAGGUGCUGAGGAAAUAGAGAAGGGCAGGGAGAGAGUGGAAACAGAGGCCGCCGUCCAUCCGGAAGAACCAGCAGAAACAGCCAGCUCCAAUGCCGAUGCUUCGCCAGAACCCGUCGGAACAUCUGUGGAGGAGCAGAUUGAGACAAAAGAGGCAGGUAAACACGGGGCUGCAGCCACAGUCGAGGCAGAAGCGGCAGUUUCAACCACAAAGCCCGCUGAAGAGGUCACAGCUGUCAAAAAAGAGGCAUCAGAGACUCCAAUCCCUACGACUUUGUCCGAGCCAGCAAAAACAGGAAAAGCAAAGCCAGAGGAGAAGCCAAAGCCAGAGAAGCCAACUAAACCGUCUCCACAGCAGAAUGGUGCACAGGUUCGGAAAGAAGAGGUGGACCUUUCAGAGGCUGAUGUCGCAGCAGGUGCCGCCGCCGCAGUGACAGCAAAAGAAAAGGGGAAGAAAGAAGAAGAAGAACCAUUGGAGUGUCCUUGCUGUGAAUGGCUGGCCGAUGUCUUUGGCCGUCGAAACCGCAAGAAAGCCCCCAAGGGUUCUUGAAACGGGAAGAUAGGUCGACACGACAGAAAAGCAACGACGCGACAAGUCGGGGUUCAAAUGAUUAGAAGCAACUGGAGGUGGGAUCAACGAAAUUGGUGCCGUACUCUAGGUAGCUAAGCAGCGAGGAACUCCUCAUGUAAAUAGCGCUACGUACUCAACAU